AUGUUUGGGAUUCAGGAAAAUAUACCGAGAGGGGGGACGACUAUGAAAGAGGAACCGCUGGGCAGUGGGAUGAAUCCGGUCAGAUCGUGGAUGCAUACAGCUGGGGUAGUGGAUGCUAACACAGCCGCCCAAAGCGGAGUGGGUCUGGCUCGCGCACAUUAUGAAAAGCAACCGCCAUCCAACCUCAGAAAAUCCAAUUUUUUCCACUUCGUCCUGGCGCUAUAUGACAGACAGGGGCAACCCGUGGAGAUCGAAAGGACAGCUUAUGUGGACUUUGUGGAGAAGGAGAAAGAGCCAAACAGUGAAAAAACAAACAAUGGGAUACAUUACAAACUACAGCUAUUGUACAGCAAUGGCGUCAGAACAGAACAGGAUCUUUACGUACGAUUAAUUGAUUCCAUGACAAAGCAGGCUAUUAUUUAUGAAGGUCAAGACAAAAACCCAGAAAUGUGCAGAGUCCUUCUAACGCACGAAAUCAUGUGCAGUCGGUGUUGUGACAAGAAAAGUUGUGGCAACAGGAACGAAACUCCCUCUGACCCUGUGAUCAUUGACAGAUUCUUUUUGAAAUUCUUCCUCAAGUGCAAUCAGAACUGCCUGAAGAAUGCAGGGAACCCACGAGACAUGCGCAGAUUCCAGGUCGUGGUAUCCACAACGGUCAAUGUGGAUGGUCACGUGCUGGCCGUCUCAGACAACAUGUUCGUCCACAACAACUCCAAACACGGCAGGAGAGCUCGACGCCUAGACCCGUCUGAAGGUACGGCUCCUUAUCUGGAGAAUGCAGCUACGCCCUGCAUAAAGGCUAUCAGUCCCAGUGAAGGCUGGACCACCGGAGGAGCCACUGUCAUCAUCAUUGGGGACAACUUCUUUGACGGUCUGCAGGUGGUCUUCGGUACCAUGCUCGUAUGGAGUGAGCUGAUAACGCCCCACGCCAUCCGUGUUCAGACGCCACCCAGACACAUCCCUGGUGUGGUGGAGGUCACCCUCUCAUACAAGUCCAAGCAGUUCUGCAAAGGAGCCCCCGGUCGCUUUGUCUACACUGCUUUGAACGAGCCCACUAUUGAUUACGGUUUCCAGCGACUGCAGAAGGUCAUUCCCAGACAUCCAGGUGAUCCAGAGAGGUUACCCAAGGAGGUGUUGCUGAAGAGAGCUGCAGAUCUAGUGGAGGCUCUGUAUGGAAUGCCCCAUAAUAACCAGGAGAUCAUUCUAAAGAGAGCGGCCGACAUCGCUGAAGCUCUUUACAGCGUACCUCGUAACCAUAACCAGAUCCCGUCUUUGGCCAAUACUGCCUCCCACAGCGGGAUGAUGGGAGUCAACUCUUUCGGCAGUCAGCUGGCCGUCAACGUAUCGGAAACCUCACAGGGUAAUGACCAGGGUAUGUCCCGCAAUACCAGCAGCGUGUCCCCGCGCGGGUAUGUCCCCAGCAGCACCCCCCAACAGUCAAAUUACAACACCGUCAGCAACAGCAUGAAUGGUUAUGGCAACACCGGCAUGCCCAACCUGGGCGUGCCCAGUUCACCAGGAUUCCUUAACGGCUCAUCAGCAAACUCCCCCUACGGCAUAGUGCCGUCGAGCCCUACCAUGGCAGCCUCUUCGGUCAGCCUCUCUUCAAACUGUAGCAGUACACACGGCAUUUUCUCAUUCUCACCUGCCAAUGUCAUCUCUGCAGUGAAACAAAAGAGCGCCUUUGCCCCCGUUGUCAGGCCCCAAGCAUCUCCACCUCCUUCUUGCACCAGUGCAAAUGGCAAUGGACUUCAAGCUAUGUCCGGACUGGUGGUCCCUCCCAUGUAA